GAAAACACAUGUUUUUUGUUGUUUUUAUAAACACACGAACAUUUCGUUAGUUCACCACGCCUACGAAAAUAAGAUCUCUUGUCAAGAUUAUAUGCAACAUUGUUGAAUAAUUUUGCUCAAAUGUACUGAACUUCGUUGUGGUGGAAAGAAAGCAGGAGGAAAUCGACACGUAGGGUGGAAUUAACGAGGAUAAAAAAAAAAGAAUUUUCUUCAAACAUGGAUAUGAAACUUUGUCUUUUUGUAUCUCUCAUGACAACUGUGCAUUUCGGAUCUGCUGAUGAAGGCCGUGUCACUGUAAAGGAAGGGGAGCAUGCCAUUUUAAAGUGUUCUUUGUCAGGCAAUUUCAAAGUGGUUAUAUGGAAAAAAGCAGAUUCACCAAUGCCGUUAACUGUUGGCGAGAACGUUUUUACAAGAGACAAACGUGUAGCAAUAGUAAGAAAGGGGAACGAAUGGACACUUAUAAUACAAAACUCUGUGAUGAGUGACGGCGGAGAAUAUGAAUGUAGGGCAACUAUGGAUGGUGUUGCUGUAAAGAAGUCAUAUUUUCUUGAUGUUCAGUCAGUGCCAGUUAUAGGGACAGAGAAAACAGAAAAUGUACAGUCAAAUGUCACUAUACAGGGUGGAGAAACUGCUUUACUGUCAUGUUCUAUUAAAGAUUCCAGUCUUUACCACAUUAUAUGGAAAAAAGCAAGCACCAGUACGGUUAUAUCUGUGGGAUAUCAUGUUUUCAUAAGAGACGACAGAUUCAGUUUACACGUUGAUAUUCCAAACUGGGAUUUAAUGAUUAAAAAUGCAAGACCAAGCGAUGAUGGAACCUAUAUAUGCCUAGCAACCGACGACAAACGUUCUGUGACAAAAGUUUUCAAUCUUGAAGUUAUACCAGGAGAAGACGAUGUGACGACCCCAGCAAUACCAAGCACUUCUCCGUCACGAGAUGAUUCCGAUAGUGGAAGCGAGAAUGAAGCGCCAUCUAGUGAUGAGGUGAAUGACAAAUUGCUGAAAGCGACUCAACUUCAGUUCUACCGAGAAGAAAUAUUGACAGAUCAGAAGAAGCGGGAAAUAAUGGACAUAGAAAAAGAUUUCUUUGAAGUUGCCAAAAGGUAUUUUGAAAGCAAAGUAGAAGAAGGUGGUACAGAAUAGCCUGCAUAUGUUGUUUAUAUUUUAAUUGUUCUACGUGUAUGUAGCACAAGCAAGCUUACAAAUGACAUGAUUAAAUAAGAAAUGUGCAUAAUAGAAAACAAACAGUUGUCAGGGAAGCUAAAGAACUUUUACAUUUGUACAAAAUCAGCAGAACACAGUUGAAGGCAAAUCAUACAUAUUUCUUGGUACGUGAAUACUCUCAAAUCUUUAAAGUCGGUGAGACUAUUUUUGUCUUAAGUUUGUGAGGCAUUGUAUAUGUUAAAAUAAUUGUAGGAAUCAAUUUAAGUAGAAGCUAAAAUGAAUACAAACGUGGAUUAACUAUCUGGUGUGUCAGUGUAAGAUGUAAAGUUCUUCUUUAACAUUAUGUUGGUUGGUGUGGUUUAUAACAAACACGAACUAUUGAGAAUGUUGUUAAUAAAAUUUCUUCACAAGGAGUCAUACACAUGUAUUUAUUUAUUUAUCAUUUCAAACAAAUGUUAUAUCAUGGAAACAUGUCUUUAUAU